AUUGGUGGUAAACGUUGAUCAAACGAGAUAAGCCACACUAAUUUAAAUAAAAAGCCAAGAUCAACAGGACACGUUGCGAUUUACAUUCCUAUCAUGCUUUCAAAUACCGAAAAUGAGAAUUUACAAGAAAACGGUUCACUUCAAGAAGAUUUCAACAAUGAUAUUAUUAAGUUUCCUCCAGAAUUAGAAAAUUCAAUUAGUAAAAUAUUAAAAGCAAAUGAUCCUAUAGAUAGUAAUGAAUUUAAUCCAAUUGAAUAUCUUAAUAAAAUGCUUCCCAAUGAAUAUGCAUUGGCUUCAAUUGAUGAAACUACAAAACGACUUCAACAUAAGAUGCGACAAUUGGAAGAAGAAAUUCGUGAACUUACUAGAUUACAAACAAACUGUCAACAAGGAAAUGAAAAAAUAGAUGAAGCAAAAAGAGCCAUUGAGGAAUUAUUUAAAAGAAUUAGAGAAAUUAAAGAUAAAGCUACCCAAUCUGAAGUUAUGGUACAAGAAAUUACUAAAGAUAUUAAAUCAUUGGAUUUCGCAAAAAGGCAUUUAACCAUUUCAAUUACUGCUUUAAAAAGAUUACAAAUGUUAGUCACGGCAGUAGAUCAAUUGAGAAUAAUGGCACACAUGAAACAAUAUAAAGAAACUUCACAACUUUUACAAGCGGUUUUACAACUUGCAUCAUAUUUUAAAUCAUAUAAAAGUAUAAAACAAAUAGCCGAAUUAUUAAUUUCCAUAGUUACUUUUCAAAAUGAAUUAAAGAAACAAAUAUUUGAAGAUUUUGAAUCAAGCUUUACUUCAGAUGGAAACCUCACAGUCCAGACUGCACCCCUUGGUGAUGCUUGUUUAGUCGUGGAUAUUAUGGGACAAGAUGUAAAGAAUCAACUUAUUAAUUGGUACUGUGAGAGACAGUUAAAAGAAUAUAAAAGAAUAUUUCGAGGAAGUGAUGAGAUUGCAUCACUUGAUAAUACAUCAAGAAGAUAUGCGUGGAUAAAAAGAGUUUUAAAAAGUUUUGAUGAAGAACAAGCUGAUAUUUUCCCUUUACAUUGGAAUGUUAGUGAAGUCCUUUGUAGUAAAUUUUGUGAAAUAACUAGGGAAGAUUUAGUUAAAACUCUUUCGCGUGCUGGGAAUGAAUUGGAUGUUAAAACUUUGCUCAAAAAUUUACAGUUAACGCUUGAAUUUGAAAAUCAAUUAUUAAAGCGUUUCGCAUAUAUGGAGAAACCACCUCAAGCAUCAGUAAAUUCCUUACCUAAAUAUAACUUCAAUAAAAGUAUUUCAAUAUCUUUCGAACCAUAUCUUGGACUUUAUAUAGAUGCCGAAGACAAAAAUAUAGCAGAAAUGAUUUCAACAUAUCGUACAGAGCCAAUCUCUGAUGACGAUAAUUCAUCAGUACUACAAUCUAGUACAGAAUUAUUCAUAUAUUACAAAGAAACAAUAGUUAAUUGUUCGAAACUAUCAAUACGUAAACCAUUUUAUGAUUUAUGUAUUACUUUUGCAAAACGGCUUCGUAUUUAUGCUAGUGAUGUUUUAAUUGGGAGAAUACCAAGGGGUAAUAUGACGCGUGACGAAUUGAAAUUGACUUGUUUAAUUUUAAAUACGGCCGAUUAUUGUUAUAAUACAAUCCCGCAAUUGGAAGAUAAAUUAAAAGAAAAAAUUGAUGAAGAAUACAAAGAUAAGAUUAAUUUUGAUGAAGAACGAGAGGGUUUCUUAAAUGUUGUGGCUACAUCAAUUAAAGCGUUAGUAAGAGGAAUUGAAACUUGUUACGAGCCAUCAUUAACAGCUAUGACUAAAUUACCUUGGAGUAAUCUAGAGUCAGUUGGUGAUCAAUCGGAAUAUGUUACUUCAUUUCAUAAUACAUUGAGACUUUGCGUUGUUAGUGUACAUAAAGAUAUCACCAAUAAUCGGUAUUUUAGAUCUUUUUGUGAUAAAUUUGUAGAGUCAUUUGUAUCGAAAAUUAUAAAUAAUUUAUCAAAGUGUAAACCAAUAUCUGAAGUUGGAGCAGAGCAAAUGUUACUUGAUAUUCAUGCAAUGAAAACAUAUAUAUUAGAAAUGCCAACUAUGGGGAUGGAAAAUUCAGCCCCACCAUCAACAACAUUUACUAAAAUUGUAAAUAAAGGAAUCGGUAAAAUUGAAACUAUAUUAAAAGCGAUCCUUACACCACAUGAUCCAUCUGAAGGAUUAGUUGAAAAUUAUCUAUUAUUAAUUGGUGAUAAAAAUAUUAAUAAUUUUCAAAAAAUAUUGGAGCUUAAGGAACAACAACAAAUAACCGAACAAUUUCAACAACGUGUUGCAGAUGACACAACAUUAUUGGAAAAUUCAAAUAUAUUAUCAUCAAUUACUUUAUCACAAUUUACUACUCCAACAUUUCCUGCAUUAUUUAAUCCUUCAAAUAAUACAAAUAAUUUUACGACUCCGACCAACGGUAACUCUAAUUUAACUGAUAAAAGUACUGCUAAUAAAUUUAAUGAGAGUGUAAAAAAGAUUAUGAGCGGAGGAUGGCGUAGAACAGAUUCCAAUAAAAAAGAAGAAGAAAAGUGAAAGUAUUUAUUUAUAUACAGUAUAAAUUUAGGGAAAGGAUUUUUUUAUAUAGAUAUAAUAGAAAUUAAUAUUUUUUUUUAUUAUUAUUAUAUUUCUUCUCGCUUUUCACUUAACCAAAAAUAAGCUAAAAUAAAUAUAAACAUGAAUGAAGUAAACAUAUAAAUUUCAUAAUCAGGCAUUUUUUUUUUUUAUGAAUAGUAUAUUUAUCGUAAUGUAUUUUUAUCGUCUUUUCUCAAAGAAAAUUUAAAAAACUAUAGAAACUAAAAUCUUUUCACACAAAUAUUAAUCUAGCUAAUCAAGAUGAUGAUAUGAUAAGUGAUAACAUCAAUCUUUAUCAUUUUCACUCAUCAAAUCUAGAAAUGAUAGCCAAAAUAUCCAACGUACAAACGUACAAUACUUUAAUACUUUUUUCCCUACAACCUAAAACACUAUUGUGGAAAUAUGGUCAUCUGAAACUGAAAAACUGCAACAACUUUAUUGAUCAGCCCGAGAGCCAUUCU